AUGGCACGUCGGUUCUUGUCCCACCUGCUAGGAGUCUGGCUGCUGCUGAGCCAGCUUCCCAGGGGGCUCCCAGCCCAGGAGAUGGACGAGAAUCUUAAGCUAUGCGGCCGCAGAUUAGUCCGUGAAUGGAUUGCCGUGUGCGGUAUGGUCAGGAGUACCGCUCUGAGCGAGGAAGAGCCACAGAUUCCCUCCCGAUCCCCUACAGAAAUUGUGCCAUCACCCAUCAACGAAGAUGCAGAAACCUUAAAUAUGAUGUCGGAAUCCAUUCCUAAUUUGCCACAGGAGCUGAAGGCAACACUGUCUGAGAUGCAGCCAUCGUUGAAGGAGUUACGACUAUCUGUACCUGGCUCAGAGAGUUUACAACUCGCCUUUGAAGAAUAUAAGAAAAUGGUUCAGGCACAAAGUGAAGCAGAAAAAAACCGUCUUUUAAAAUUACAUGAUGUAGGCUUGAGUAACCAUUCCCGUAAAAAGAGACUGCUCCCUCUGUCUUUGAGUGAGGCAUGUUGUCAAAUAGGAUGUACCAGAAGAGCUCUAGCUAGAGCAUGCUCUUUCUAA